UCCGGGCCGCCGGCCUGCCGGCACAAUUAACUGGUUUAUCACGUCUGCGUGUCUCCGCACUGCUGAUUCAGCAGCACGAGGAAACGCGGCUCGGUUGGUUUGCAGAGGACGAGGGCUGAAGGCUUCUGAAGGAGAUCCUUUACGGCUGCGGUACCGUCCCGGUGGGCCGGGGAUGCCCUCCAGGCGCCGAGCGGCGUCCCCUCCUCCGGGACGGACCGCCCCCCGUGCCCGGUCCCCGUUCCCCGCCGAGAGGGCUGUGCUGGCAGCAGCUCCUGGGCAGAGCGGAGUCGAUCCCCGUUCCUCUGGUCGCUGUUUCCUGUGCUUCUGAAACGCCCUUUGUGGCAAAGCCGGUAACGCUUUGCCUGGAGAGUCGUUCAGUUUGAGAGGGGAAUUUUACAAGCCCUCCCUGGAGCCCCAUUGUUUUACCUGAAGUGAAUGCAGGGCAUAGCAGGCUGUGAUCCUGAGCGCUGGUCGGGCUGCCCAAAGCCUUUUCUCACGCUUAAUUUUAAAACUUGGACGUUCAUUGGAGCAGUUUGAGCAGCUGAAGGAACGCAUUUCUGAGAAUAUAAACUGCCUCCCAGUUUUUUCUCACCAUCCACUCUGCAUGAAGGCUGCCUCAGGCUUGUGUCUCACUUGGCCAGCUGUCUCAGGCCCCGGCAGCCUGCAUGUACAGGAACACAGCGGUAGCACGGGCAUGCAAAGGCAUUCCGUUCUGUUUAUUCUGUUUUCCUUGAGUGCUAUUGAUGACAUAAGGGAGGAGUUUUAUAGCAAGGCAUAAAUUCUUCUAAUCUGACGAGUCCAAUGUAUGAAGCUCCUGGGUCGUGUAUGCUGAUCCUGGAUGAGAAUAAAGGCAAGUUGUGCAUUCUUGUCUUGAUUUCCUGCAAGCAGUUUCACAGUCAGUGACAAAAACCACAGGUCAGUGUUCUAGGAAGUGUGGUUAACUAUGUGGUGGGCCCCCAGUAGUUAGAAGUGCAUUUAAGGGGUUCUUUAGGAGAUUGCACACCCUUAAAAAGUACCUUUGCAUUGUUGAAGUGCGUGGGGUUUUGGCUUUUCAAGUCCUUGUGCUCUCAGGCAUUGAUUUGUCACUCUGUGCUUUUAGAAGGGUGGAUGAACCUUUAGGGAUGCCAUUAUAGAUUAGCAAGCAGAAAGCCAUGAUCCUACAGUUUAACAGGGAGGCUUUGGAGCUGCAACUUGCAUGAGCCUUUCCCUGCUAGGUGAGGCCACGGCUGAUUGCAUUUGGUCAAUAAGAGCUUGUGCAGCUGCUGGUUGUGCUUGCCCUGCUUCUGUGUUCUGUAUGUGGACACCAGAGGCGCUCUGAUGUCUUUUCCCCAUCCGUGUGUGCUUUUAGAUUUCUGACACACUGAAGAGGUUUGCAGUGAAAGUAACUACAGCCAGCGUGAAGGAGAGGAGAGAGAUCCUCAGUGAGCUGGGAAAAUGCAUUUCUGGGAAAGAUCUUCCCGAGGGUGCAGUGAAAGGCCUUUGCAAACUCUUCUGCCUUACUCUGCACCGAUACCGGGAUGCGGCGUCGCGCAGAGCCCUGCAGCUGGCACUUCAGCAGCUCGCAGAGUCCCAGCCAGAUGCAACAGCAAAAAACCUUCUGCAGUCACUUCAGUCUUCAGGGAUCAGUGGCAAGGCUGGAGCUCCCAGUAAGAGCAGUGGAUCUGCAGCCCUGCUGGCACUCUCCUGGACAUGCCUGCUGGUACGCACAGUCUUUCCAACACCUGACAAGAGACAGGGAGAAACCUGGAAAAAGCUGGUGGAGGUUCAGUGUUUACUUCUUCUGGAAGUCUUGGGAGGCUCUCAUAAGCAGGCAGUGGUUGGAGCAGUGAAAAAACUGAACAGACUUUGGAAAGAGAACCAAGAUCUGGUGGAUCAGUACCUAUCUGUCAUUCUUGGUCUUGAGCCAAACCAGAGCUAUGCUGCAAUGCUGGGCCUUGUGGUACAGUUCUGCACAGCUCAGAAAGAGACUGAAAUUAUUAAACGCCACAAGAGUGCUCUUCUGGAUUUCUACGUGAAGACCAUCCUCAUGAGCAAGACAAAGCCUCAGAAGCAUGUGCUGGACAGCUGCUCUCCACUUCUUCGCUACAUCUCUCACGCUGAAUUCAAAGAGUUACUUUUGCCAACUCUGCAGAAAUCCUUGCUACGGAGCCCUGAGAAUGUAAUUGAAACAAUCUCUUGUUUGCUCUUGUCUGUUAACCUGGAUCUUAGCCAGUAUGCUCUGGACAUUGUGAAAGGACUGGCUGGUCAUCUGAAAUCCAACAGCGUGCAGCUCAUGGAUGAAGCAGUUGUUGCGUUAAAGAAUUUGGCUCGACAGUGCAGUGAUCCUUCAGCUGUGGAAUCGCUGGGCAGGCACCUUUUUGCCAUCUUAGGGGGCUCAGAGGGGAAGCUGACAGUUGUUGCACAGAAGAUGAGCGUCCUUUCAGGGAUUGGCAGCCUUAGUCACCAUGUGGUUUCUGGAUCAUCUAGCCAAGCUCUGGCUGGAACUGUGGCUGAGCUUUUCAUCCCCUUCCUGCAACAAGAAGUCCAUGAAGGCACGUUGGUUCAUGCAGUCUCUGUCCUGGCUCUGUGGUGUGUUCGCUUCACCACUGAAGUCCCUAAGAAGAUGGUGGAAUGGCUAAAGAAAGCAUUUGGCCUUAAAACCUCUACUUCAGCUGUGAGGCACGCCUACCUGCAGUGCAUGCUAGCCUCCUUCAAAGGUGACACGUUAUUACAGGCGAUGGACUUGCUACCCAUGCUGAUCCAGACAGUAGAAAAAGCAGCAUCUCAAAGUACUCAGAUUCCCAUGGUAACGGAAGGGGUUGCUGCAGCUUUGUUGAUCUGCAGGAUGUCUGUAAUUGAGGGACAGACUGAGUCUAAGCUGAGUGGCUUCUGGCAGCUGAUCCUGGAUGAGAAAAAACAAAUUUUUACCUCUGAGAAGUUCCUGCAGUCUGCUUCAGAGGAAGCAAUGUGCACUGUGCUGCAGCUGACGGAGCGCCUCCUCCUGGACCACGCACAGCGGCUCCCCGAGAGUAAAAUCCAGCAGUAUCACCGUGCCCUUGUUGCUGUACUGCUGAGUCGGACCUGGCAUGUUCGCAGACAGGCCCAUCAGACAGUUAGGAAGCUUUUGUCCUCUCUGGGAGGGUACAAACUGGCCUAUGGGCUCUUAGAGGAGCUAAAAGUGGUUCUCAGCUCUCAUAAGGUGAGUAGUCAAGAAGCCUGCUCCCUUUUUAGCUGUUUGUAUGCUGCUGCUGGUCAGCUCCCUACCCUAGGUUUGCAUUAAAGUACAGCGUGCUAGGAAAAUGGUUCAGUUCCAGCUUUGUUUAAA